AUGCCAAAUACGCAACAAGGAAUUAUGGUUUGGUGCGGAAUAAGUUCUAAUGGACUCGUUGGUCCAUAUUUUUUCAAUGAUACCGUUACUGGUCCAUCGUACAAAGAAAUACUGGUUAAUUAUGCAUGGCCUCGGUUGAAGAACAAAAACUUUUACUUUCAACAUGAUGGAGCAGGAGCUCAUUAUUCUGUUACUGUUCGAGAAUGGCUGGAUAAAAAAUUUCCAGAUCGAUGGAUAGGUAGACGUGGUCCAUUCGACUGGCCAGCUCGUUCACCAGAUUUAAGUCCCUGUGACUUCUUUCUUUGGGGCUAUUUGAAGGACAUUGUGUUCAAAGAGCCAGUCGCUUCUAUUACAGAACUUCAAGAAAGAAUUGAACAAGCUUGUGAAGAGAUACCCGAAGAAAUGUGUCGCAAAGCAUGUCGCUCUGUUGUGCAACGUCUUCGUGACUGCUUGAACAACGAAGGACAGUUUCUUUCAUACUAA